AUGUCUCUAGUUUCCGCGCAACGUCCGACUAUCCUAGAUAGGGACCGAGCUCUUUCAGAUCAAGAUGUCGGGCUUCUUUAUCAGAUUAUUACUCGCGCUGAGCAGAAUCCUGAUGUCGAACGUUUACCCUACAGAGCACUCUUUGCAGCGUACGAUGAGGUUAUCGCCGAACAUGGCGGUCCUGAGGCAGACCCGGACCAGGUCUGCAUGCACUUCCUCUUCAAAAUGGGCACCGGAGGCCUUGCGAAUCAAUCCUUAUUCGAAAGAUUUGAAAAUGUCCUGCAGCGCAUGGGAAUUGUCCUAUCAUUCGAUGACACAGGACCCGAAGAACUCAGUCGGUAUGCGCAGUAUCUAUCCGUCCAGGAAGUCCAAGGCGAACCACAAUUCACCGACCGGAUCGGUGACGAUACAACACAACGUUCACAUCGAAAAAGAAGGGCCUCGUUCAAUUCAAUGUAUGAUGUCGGUGAAGAUGCGACACAAAGAUAUGGAAACCGGCCAAGUUCGAGGUCUUCAAUGUCUCGUCUGGAUCCCGGGAAGCCGGACUUCAUGGAGAUCGAUGACAGACCUCGAAAAAACAAACCAACUCGGCAAGACCCAGCAACUUCGCUCGAUAAGAACCAGUUGCUGGCCCAGUUUUUGGAAAUGGGACGUCGGUUGAUGGGUGGUUUGGAUCCAACGAGAGGGUUACACAACGAUAAUAAUCCUGUUCAGACAUCCGUGAAUGGACAUUUGAGUUCAUCCUCACACUCAGUUUCUCAAGGUCACUCAGAUAUUUUGAGACAAAUGGACGGGAACCAUUCUCCUCAAACCAACCAAAACUUCUACUCAGACGACAUAGGAGUAAUCCAUGAUGCGAAUCCUAAACCUAGCCUGUCUGAUAUGUUGCGAGACGCAUCUAGCUUCUCGACGUAUCGGAGAAGAGCAACUGCGAGAAACAUUCUCAUACAUUGGCUAACCCAAGCCGUUCGUUCACAGCAAAGAAAUCGAGAUAUGGAAGCCGUAGCUGUCAAUCAGGACCGAGCAACGCUUCUCCGACAAGCUCUUGACUUGUGGCGAGCAGAGCUAGAAAAAAAGCGCCAAAAUUCUCGUACGAAGAGAUUUUUUCGACACCUAGAAAACCGGGCUGCAAAAGCAAGGGAUCUGUAUCUCAUGACCAAGGCAUUCAGUCAUUGGGCGCAGCUAACAUCUGAUGAACUGUCGAAGGCGUCAGCAGCUCGUGAACAUAUCUUGAGCAUCAAGUACUUCAACGCCUGGCGCGAGAUAACGGCUGUUAACGUAAUGAAAGCGGAGCGUUUUGCCAUUCAAAAACCACUCGAUGGUUGGAGGAGGAAAAUUCAGCAAAUCAGGACAUUGGAUGACCAUGCAAUUCAUGCUCACGAGUAUAAUCGGAAACGAAAGUACCUGAUGAUGCUGCUCUGGAAUUUCUACUAUGAGCACCGAGCGCCCGAGUGGAGUGACUUUCGACUAAUGAAAGGUGCUUUUCUUUCUUGGAUCCGUGCCCUAAGGAGACAACGAGAACGUGAGGCAGAGAUAGACCAUGGUCUUCGUCAGGAGCUGCUACAUGCAACACUGAAAACAUGGUCGUAUCGACUCAGGUCGGUUGAAGCUGCUCAACUGGACGCAGACAUGGGUUAUAGGAAGAAAUUAUUAGGAGACCAGAUGGAAGUAUGGAGAGCUCAGACUCGACUGCAACCCGCAGCUAUACAGAUCGCUACAAAAAUAGAUUCGAGAGUACUGAAAACUACCCUAAUACAGUGGCGAUUACGGACAGAGAGCGUGCAGCACGCAAAGGAAGCGGAUCGAUUGAGGGUUUUGCGUAACACUUGGACCACUUGGAAUGAUCAUUUGCGAUGUUAUGCACUGAAAGAGCGCAUUGAUGAGCGACUAAAGAAGGAAGCCAUCUAUCGAUGGAUUUUGGCAGAAAGAUAUCGUCUUGCUCAACGAAUAAGAGAUCAACGCAUACAAAGGGAAGCUUUCGCUCAAUUCAUUUUCACUGUUCGGGAUACCUCGAAAGAGCUGUUACAGCGCGAAAACCAAUAUUUCCGACACUAUAAUGAGGAUUUAGCACGAUCUGCCCUCGAUUGUUGGAGAAAUAAACUUGCAGUACAACGUCAAAGAGAAUAUGCCGCUAUGGAAUUCUACGUUCCUCGAAUUGAGCAGGAAGCACUCACCAUCUGGAAUUCUAGGCACCAACAUCUUCAGAAUCUGGACAAGUGGUCUAGGGAUGCUCAGUUCUAUUUCAUUACGACCAAAUUUAUCAAACUCUGGCACAAUGCUGCGUUAGAUGCAUCUAAGAAACGCCGGCAAGAAGCUUAUGUGAAGAUUCGCAGGAAGGUCAAAAUGAAUAUUGCAGCGAGUGCCUUGCGUGUUUGGUACGACAAGUCGCGACGCAUGACAAAUCUUCACAAUCAAGCCAAUGAACUCAUGCAAACGAAGCUACUGAUAUACUCAACUGAGCUUGUCAGCCGUUGGCGUGAAAAGACCGCAAAGAUUACUCAGGAUACGCAGGACGCCGAGGUGUAUUACCACAGACAGCUUGCUUAUCAUCAGUUAUCGCGAUGGAUGGAUGAGUGUGAGAUAUAUCGCGGCUUGGAAGAGCAAGCCGAAGUUCUGGAUUUGAUACGUAUCUCUGGCGUUGUUUCCGCACAGCUGCGCAAGCUCAGUCUUCGCAUCUUCCAAAUUCGAAGCGCAGCUGAGAUGGCAGAGUCCUUACAUGACCGUAUAUCGAGGAAACAUCACAGAAAUAUGCUUCGGCAUUGGAGCGCCAAGGUCAGAACGCUACGCAGCGAACGAGAAGCAUUCGUACCAUCUGACAUUGAUAUCGAGACGCACGAACCCAAGACCCCGGGCUCAGCUAUAGUAGCCGAGUCAGCAGAAGACACGCUGAACAUGAGCGAACUAGGUUCUUUACCGCAAUUUCGUUUAGCCUCGACAACCCCGAUUGCGACCCCUGGGUACUUGUCGUCCCCUUCCAGACGAGCUGCUCGAGCGCGUAUGCUUUCUCAAAUGUCUACCACUCCUGCAACUCCCUUAUUCACACCUUUCGCAACUCGUCUUCGUGCAGCACUAGACGGAGACAGAUAUGGCUCUGAGAACAAGUCUCGAAUUCGGCGUGGUUCCAUGGGAACAAUUGUUCGAUUUGCCAUUGAAGAGCCCGAGUCACCCACAGAAGGACGGAAAUCAUCAACAAGACGAGAGUGA